AUGUCCCCGUCACAGAAAAGGCGCUCAACGAGCGACGCCCCGACCGCAGUCGAAGAGACGGAGCGGAAUCCCGCGCUCGCCGAGGCCUGCAAAGAGCCGCAAAAGCACAUCCCGACACCGACUCGAGUGGCACCGCAGCCGCCCCCGCCCCAGCGCGCGUCGUCGUCGAUGAGAUCGCUCGCCGGCAGGCGCGGGGAGUCGACGUCGCGUCAACCACCUGCGAAGGCCGAGCAGUCCGGCUGCGCUGCGACCGGACUCGGCGGGGGCCAACCGUUCCUGCACGCCCUCGCCCAAGCCGCUAUUUCCGUCGUGGCGCAGACCAUCGACUUUGAUACUCUCGCCUCCCCGCCCUUUGACGGCACCCUCCUCAAUCCCUUUCUGCUCUACCGAGGAACCAAGCUCUGUACAACGCAGUACCACAUAUGGGCCUCCGUGCAACAUGCCCUGACCGAGCACCCCGAGAGCAAUGAUGUCAACCGCCUGCUGGAUAUGGCCAUGGAGCGAUAUGUGCGUACCCGCGUGGAGCUGGGUCUUUGCAUGAUGGACAGCGUCCCAGGACCACACCACACGUUUGUCGACCCAGACUUCCACAACGACCGCGAAGCCAUCGUCGCACAGGCGGCCAGGCUGCUCGGCCUCUUCGAGAAACAUGGCGUCGACCGCAGCAGCGUCAUCGUAUCGAUACCGUCCACGGAUGACGGCAUCCGUGCAGCCAGACAGCUCGAGACCGACCACUUGAUCAACACCAAUCUGAUCCUCGUGUCAGGCCUCACGCACGCAUCUGUCUGCCUGGAGGCUGGCCCCAGCGCUCUCAGCUUUACACACGAAAUCCUCGCGGGUGCUUACCAGGCUCUCAUCGCUCUCGACACGAGCCACUCGGACGGAGAUCCCGUGCAGCACGCACGCGACGCCGCAACAAAGGCCAUUCGAAUCACAGCGGCGCUUCGUCUGCGGCACAAAGUGUCCGCCAAGCUUUUUGUAACGGAUGCAAUCGUGCGUGUCGCGAGACAUGACGAGCGAGCACUCACCCUCGAAUUAUUUCCACAGCUAGAUGAGAUCCCCAUGCUGCACGGCAUCGACGGCCUCGCACUGAGGCAGAGACAGUACAUGCAAGUGAGGUCCCAAAAGACAACGAUCCUACCGCCUCCAGAUCGGUCGUCAGAUGUGAUGCGGCGAGCACGGCUGGCACAAUACCCGACCACUUACCUCUCACAGAACAGCCAGAAUUUUCUUGCCGCGCUUGGACCUCGAGAUCAGUUCCUCGCCCAGUCUACACUGAGCAUCGGCCUGCGCGCCAUGAUCUGCGAUCUAGAAGCCACCAAGAAAACGGUGUAUGAGGAGUUGGAAUAUCGGAUUUUCGUCCAGAGUCUUGACGUCAACAAGCUUAUGGAUCUGUAUAUAGAUGAUGCGCAACGGGUGCUCGACGACAUGUGUGUGGAUGACGCGGCCGGCGGGGAGCCCAGACAGGCAAGAAAUGAAUACAAUCCUCGGACGAGGCAUCUCGGGUUCCGGUUAAUUUGGUCGCAGUUGGCGGUCCCCCCGCGGCCCGCGCAGGACCUUCCAGGAUCACAGUCUGUUUCCGACGGAUGUACCGAGCACAUUCAUUUUUCGCCCGAUGACCGACACGAGCCCCGACCGUCUCAAGGGGAAAGUCUGGCGCUACGGCCUUCCGCUGAGAACGGCCGGGAAGAAGUCGAUGGAACGAGUGUGCCGCAUUGCAAAGGGGAGGCACGAAGAAGCGACGUAAACCGCAAACUAUGCGCUGGGGCGGUCUAG